AACAAGAGUGACGUCCCUUAACGGAAUGGUGAUUCUGGCCUGGCUGUGUCCUGACUUCAAGUGGAAGUGAUGCAGUUGAGUUAGUGAAAGGAGCAAGUGUUCUUACUCAUCAUGCUUACUGGUGAACUUUAGCCCCGAAACAAGGAUAUUUAUAUAUGUUUUCUACAAGCCCCCGCUUAUUUGUAGUAUGUGCCUUUCUGUUCUAAACCCGUGAGCUUGGUAAUCAGACAGUUGAGACAGUACUUGUAAUCUCUCACCAUUGUCCCAAUCUUUGUGACCGUCCACCUCAAUUUAUAGCAGUCGACUGACGGAGCUGAAAGUUGGCAGCAAUGAUGAAAUGGCUCGUCUUUUUGGUCGGUGUUGGAAUUGCAAUGGCUGUUGUUCUGUCGAGUAUCUUGUCUGCAUUAGACCCAAAUUCUGCCCCUGAAGUCAGUCAUGAAUAUAAGAGACAACCACGGUUAAAGAAAGAUUGGCCCAGCAUGGAUGGAUCCAACAAAAAGCUCUUUUGGAUUGUACAGAUUUCAGACAUCCACAUCAGUGCUUACUAUGACCCGAGCCGAGGACCGGAUCUGGAGAAGUUCUGUAAGGAAUACCUGCCAGUCAUUGACCCAAAGCUCGUGGUAGCUACUGGUGAUUUGACAGAUGCCAAACUGGUGAACAACAUUGAGUCGAAACAAAUGGAAAGUGAAUGGAUAUUGUACAGCAAUAUUGUCAAACGCUGUAGAACUCUUGCCAAAGCUGAAUGGCUUGAUGUCAGAGGAAACCAUGAUUCGUUUGAUGUGUUCAACUUUGAUAGUGAGAACAACUAUUACAGGUUUUACUCUGCCCAUGGCCCGGCCCUGUCUAAAGAUCACCAUUUUGAACGAGCUUACUAUCACACAUUGAAUCUUCCCUUUGGCUCUUAUUCUUUUGUUGGCUUUGAUGCUUGCAGUAAGCCUGGACCCAAUAGGCCUUUUAAUUUCUUUGGCUACUUGGAUGAUAGUCAGGUUCAGCACCUGCGUGGCUUGGAAUUGUCCACCCGUAAAAGCAAUCACACCGUCUGGUUUGGCCAUUUCCCAACGUCCCUCAUUGUGCAUGACCCUCCUGUGCUGCGGUCCAUCAUGAGGCGUAGCAUUGCAUACCUGUGCGGUCAUCUCCACACCCUGGGCGACACUGUCCCACAGAUGUACAGCAAACACAAGACUGGACAGCUGGAGCUGGAGCUGGGGGACUGGAAGGAAAACCGCAAGUUCAGGGUGAUGGCUUUUGACCAUGACUUGAUGUCCUUCACCGAUGCCCAGCUGGGAGACUGGCCGCUGGUCGUUGUCCUCAACCCGAAGGACAGCCAGUUCCUGUCAGCGGAGAACGAGCCCGUGGAGCUGAUAGAGAGGUCGUCACAUGUCAAAGUUCUAGUGUUCAGCCCCGAUCCAGUGUCUGUAGUGGAGGUGACCGUGGAUGGUCGGCUGCUGGGGGAGGCAAGCCAGGAGGACGGACCGCUCUACACCCUGGCCUGGACACCACAGCAGUACGCCCACGGCCUCCAUGACCUACGGGUUGUGGUCAAGGAUGCCCGUGGCCGUACAAAGAGAGUAGAACAGACGUUCUCUUUGGAUGGUAGCCAGAUGCCAUUUAAAUUUUUACCUCGUCUCCUGCUAAUGUUGAAUCUUUACUCUGUGGGCAAGCUCAUCUAUGGCCUGAUGGCGUUCCUCUUCACUCUGAUCCUUACAUCUCUUAGACAGUGCUCCAACAUUAGGACAUUUUAUUUCCAAGGGAGAAAUUUUAUAUGUCAGUUUCUGAACUCUUGGCUAAUGAAGAUGUGGUUAGCUGCCAGAACCAACCCGUCUUACUACAUUGUCACAGGCUCUGUCCUCUACUUGACUUUCGGGCCGUGGUUCGUGGGAGACCUGCUCAGAGGCCGGACAGGCUUGGUCUUUGUGUGGGGCAUGAUCGUGCAAGGAGCCUUUAUACCAGGGGGAAUCACUUAUUUCUAUGGUAUCUUUCAGCUGCUGAGCUUCAGCCUUCCCCUAGUCACACUGCUGGGCCACCUCCUGGACACCCGUCGCAAGCAUGGGAACCGGGUCACGGCCCGCCAUGUAUUCACCAUCUUCCUCCCCUUCAUCCUCCUCCUCUUCCUGACCUUGUACAUUGGCUUCAAAGAGUUCCCGUCGGCGUACGGGAUGUACGCUCUGCUGUUUGGCCCGCUGCGGACUGGGAACAUCUUUUUACUGGUCUUGUCUGUGUAUCUGUGCUACAAGACAGAGCUCAAGCACGUGUUGGCCAUAAAUGGUGUCCAUUGACGAUGACCUCAACAGUAGCAGCUACCAUGAGGAACAAGACAAAAGAAGGAUGCCCAUUUUACAGUUGUCUGGUAAAAUCUAGCAAGUCUAGAUUUUGCUAACUUUGUCUUUGAUUUUGGUUUUGACUUGCUUGGUUUUGCCGUAUCAUUUUUCAUAUAGUUGAUGUACAUGAAACUUUUACUUUAGCCCCUUUUGGUCUUGAUUUGGACCAAUUUUCCUUGUUAUUUUAUCAUGGCGAGUCUGAGGACACGUUUUUGUUUUACCGCUUUUUCACUGUGAAAGGAGCUUGAAAGGUUUUGUUUUAUACUGUACCGAUGUGGACUAAAGCUUGAUUUGUCAAAUUUCAGCAAAACAACCUUACUAGGUUUUACCAGUUCACUGUAGCAUUAUAAUUAUACAGUAUUGAAGUAUUGAAUGAGUGCCAAAUGACUUGUCAGCAUUUGGAUUUGGUUAAAGGUCUGAUGUGCCAUUUAGUUUUCUGAACUUGACUAUUUGUAGGGAAACCAUUUUUUCGAAA